AUGUCGUCAGCACCCGUAUACAACGCAUCCGAGCCUUCUGGAGGCAACCCUCUAGAGGUCAACGUCAACGCUCAAUAUGCAGGCCUCGAGUUCAACUAUGUCUACCUCGUUGUCUGCGGUUUCCUCGUAUACUUGAUUAUUCCUGGUAUCGGCCUGCUCUAUGGCGGUCUGGCACACAAGAAGAGCGGUCUGUCAUUGCUCUUCCAGAGUAUGAUGGUGUGUGCCCUCGUCACCUUCCAAUGGAUGUUUUGGGGUUACAGUCUUGCCUUCUCCCGCACCGCUGGUCCCUUCAUUGGUAACCUUGCCAACUUUGGAUUGAAGAAUGUCGUUGCUGCCCCAUCACCUGGCAGUGCUGUUAUCCCUGAAAUCGUCUUCUGUCUCUACGAGCUUCUCUUCGCCGCUUGCACAGUUCAGAUCGUCGUCGGUGGUGCCUUCGAGCGUGGUCGCAUCCUUCCCUCACUCAUCUUCGGUUUCUGCUGGUGCACCAUUGUCUACUGUCCUAUUGCCUGCUGGACAUGGAAUGCCAAUGGCUGGCUUGCCAAGCUUCCCUCGCUCGACUACGCUGGUGGUGGUCCCGUCCACAUUUCCAGUGGUUGGGCAGCUCUGGCUUACGCUAUGGUUCUUGGUAAGCGCACAUCCAAGGAUCACCACACAACACACAAGCCUCACAACUCGACCUUGGUCUUCGUUGGCACCGUCCUGAUUGUCUUCGGUUGGUUUGGUUUCAACGGUGGUAGUGCCCUCAACGCCUCUAUUCGUGGUAUGAUGGCUGCCUUCAACACCCAGGUUGCUGCCUCUACUGGUGUAAUUGGUUGGGUCAUGGUCGAUGCCAUUCGCCACAAGGGACGUUUCUCCGUUGUUGGUGCUUGCGAGGGAGCCAUUGCCGGUCUCGUUGGCAUCACCCCUGCUGCUGGUUUCGUCAACCCUUGGCUCGGAGCUGUGAUCGGAUUCAUCACCGCCGUUGUUUGUGCUCUUCUGCAAGACAUCAACGAGUGGCUUCACAUUGAUGAUGGUCUUUAUGUCUUCAAGCUCCACGGUAUUGGUGGUAUCAUGGGAUCCUUCUUGACUGGUAUCUUCGCCAACCAGUCGAUCUCUGCUCUCGACGGCUCUUCUCUCUUCCCUGGUGCCUACAACGGUCACGGAAUUCAGGUUGCUAAGCAGCUUGCCGAGAUUGGCGCCAUUUCUGCCUACUCAUUCGUUGUCAGCUGGAUCCUGCUCAUGAUCCUCAAGUACAUUCCCGGCAUGCACCUGCGUGUUGACAGGGAGGCUGAGAUCAGGGGACUCGAUCUCGACCAGUUCUUUGACGAAGAGAUGGACAACUGGGAUCUUAGCCCUGCUGGCCUUGAUGUCAUGAAGUCGGGCCCAACCGCCUUCACACACGGUGUUGCUCAGAGUCCUGAAGGAACCAUGACUCCCAACGAGACCACGACUGUUUCUAUGGGAAAGAGAGACUAG